AUGGCCCUCAGCGCUCCGCCGCCCCCAUGCACUUCGUCGGGCUCCCUGCAGUCCCUGGCGCAGCAAAGGAUGGCACCUGAUGGGCUUGUUCGGCCCCACCUGGGCGGGCCUCUUGACUUUGGGUCACCCGAGCUGUCACUGUUGGAAGUGUUCUUUCGCGUCAAUCCGAUGAGCAGCCAUCAUCGUGAGCCCAUCCCUGCCAAUACGACGGCAUUUGCAAAGAGAGACGAGCACCCGGAGUCUCAGUCUGACUCUCAGAUGAAUGCUACCGCAGGCGAACGUGGCUCGGUGCUGUCAGCCCUGGACCAGACAGCCAGCAGCAUCGAAUCAAACAUCGAAGCUCUGAUUGCCGGCGCCUCUACCGCGCUCACGAGAGCCAUCGCAAACGAGCAGCAGGCCUGGCAGAAAGAGAAGCGGCGGGAGAAGAACGCUGUCAAGCCCCGCUAUGCUCGUGUCAAGAGACAUCGCAUGCCGCAGCACCCCCUCCACCCCCUGCAUCCCCUCCCACCCACCUCUCUUACGAGCCUGGAGAACUACCAGGACGCCCCGAUCGACGAGAUGCUGCUGGAAGAAGAGUCGGAGCAGCUGGCCAACAGCCCCCUCACGAACGCCGCCGACAUGGUAUACGUCCUGGACAAGGCGAAGCGGCGCUUCUCGCUUACAGGGGGAGGAAAGACAAAAUUCGACAACGAGGAGUGGGACCUGCAGAAGCGGCAUUUCCUUCCCUAUGGCCAGCCACUGCUCUUUCCCGAGGACGUGGCGCCCCUAACCCAGGCAGAGAUCGCCGAGCGACUGCGGGCGCAGGACAGCAUGGUGCUCCUGCUGAUGCUUGUCAUCUAUGUCGUCACGCUGGCCUUCGGCUGCUCGCCGGUCUAUCGGCUGGCGGGAAACGCCAAUCGGUCGACAAUUCGUUACUACACAGACAGAAGGACGCGGGGGCCGCUGCUGGCGUGCGACGACCCGACGCUCGACGGCUUCCUCAUGACCUUCAACAGAAAGCCCACACACCCCGGCCCCAACUUGCAAGUGAGACACACCUGCCCUUGCCCACAUGGAUAUCAUCAUUAUGUGUUCAUGUCUGUGUGUGCUUGCAGAUCGAUGGCUGGCUACCUCGAGCGCCUAGUCCGUCCCAUCGGCUGGCCCUCCGCCAGUCUGCCCCGGCACCUGCUGCGAGAAGGCGGUACUACGGGACACAACAACCUGAGCCAGCAAGACCAACCGCCGAGUCGUCGUAGCCACCACCAUCUGAACCCCCAUCAGCAGCACCAGUACUUGCGGCAGCAGCAGCAGCCGCGCCAUCGCAUGCUGCUGGGGGCGGUGGGGGUGAGGGAUAUGAGGAUGUGGCUGAGGAGGGCCGGAUCGAGAGGUUACCGGGGCCUGUGGUGGCUGUUGGGAGGAGGGGGUACCUCGAAGCGGAAGGGGAGGAGCCGCUGACCCCCGGGGGGCGGUCCAGCUACUCGUUCUACUCGGACGAGGAGGAGGGGGCCGUCACCUACUUCCAUCCACUACUGCAGGUCACCUGGCGAGCGAGCUCAUUGCUCUGCCAUGAACCUCACUGUCUCGCUCUCUCCUGCUAUGCCGUCUUCUCGUUCAGGAGCGUGUCUUAGCCUUCUCCUUCUGCUUGGAUUUGGACCCAUGGAUAGGCGACAUGGGCCUCAUCAGCGAGCCGCACCUCGAGCAGGUAAGGUAGGCCGGUCAGCCUGUGUAUGAGAGACGCCUGCCAUACGCUGAUCGACUGGCGGCAUUAUUCUCCUUGUUGGUGUCUUGCAGCUGCGGCGCUUUCUGGUGACGACCAAUUCGCUGGAGACAGUCGUGUUGUCGAAGCAGGUUUGCUGGGAGGGGUGGGAAGAGCUGGCCACGAGCAUCAAGAACAAGAUCAAAUGUGAAGGAUUCGAUGGCGAGGUGGAGGUGAGCACUCACACACACACACACACACAGAGAGAGAGAGAGAGAGGGCAGUUGGGGUGGCUGUGCAGGUGCAUUUGGUGGGGAGUGAAGACCUGACCAUCCUGCAGAACCAGCAGUGGUCCAACUUCAUCCACAAUCGCACCACACAGACCCUCUGCGCCCUUUCCGGCGUCGGCCUCAUCCUCUACCUCCUCUACACUCUCGUCCGCGGCAAAACAAUCAGAGCCACCGCAGAAUUCCACGUGCGCCAUCAACACGCUGCCGAGACACAAUGAUAUACUCCUUGUUGGUCGCAUUAUCAGGUGGACGUGAGUGUGUCAGGCUACUGGAGCAUCAUAGAGGAGUGUCUGGGCCGCCAGAGGUUCCUCCCCACUCCCACUGCAGCACCUGCUGCUGUCAGGAUGCCGUCGCGCGCACGGCAGCAGCAGGAGAGGGCAGCGGGUGUGGGUGUGGGUGUGAGUGAGAGGGCGCCUCUGCUGGGGGUGCCUGUGGCAAUGGGGGAGAGGGAGAGGGAGAGGGGCAGCCGCCAUGUGUAG